CUACAAGAAGCAAUCGACAUUAGAUUCGCGAAAGAAGGAGAAGUAACGAUCCUAAGAAAGGGUAAAGAAAAGAGUGCCCAAGACCAUGCAGCACAAAUAGCGAAGCUUAAGGCUGCCAGAGAGGAAACUGAAACCAAGCAUCAGCAGGCUCAACGAGAAUUGAAAGAAGAUAUCGAACGAUUGAAGACGCAGUUCACCUUCAAGCAACAUGAAAUGGAGACUGCAAUCCGGAAGCCUCCAUGGUCAGUACGUUCAAAGAAAAUCAUUUCGGAUCCAUACCCUGCUCCUGCUCCAGUGCCUUCGCAGAUAAAAGGAUGGAAUCCAAUGUCGACCAAUUCAGGCCCGUCAAGACUCCCUGCGGAUAACCAUCAUCCCCAUUUUGGUGAAACCUUGAAUCAAAGUCAGCGCGUUCGGAAGUCUAUGCCUUCUAGUGAUAGAAAUUUGCCUGCUGGCUUUCUUACCUCCCCGGCUCGCUCCUCCUCGCGUCACCUUUCUAAAGGCAAGGGUAGGGAACAUGCGGAACAAACUCACGCCAGUAAUUCAAAUAUGUAUUUCAGCAAUCCUAUUGAACGUCCGUCUCAGUCCUUUUCUGGAGGUCUUCCUCUGUCACCUCCCAGUAGUCCUUUUGCUGGUAAUAUAGAAAACAGCUCUCAGAAACAAGUUUCUACGUCCAUCAAUAAUGAAGUCGAUGACAAUGGUGUUGAUUUUGACAUGUUGGAUGGCACCCAAGCCGACGCCAAGGAUGCUGCUCCUGAGGAGGUCGAAGAAGCCGAGCUACUCAAUUGGAGCAUAUAUCUUCACCAAACCAUUCUAAGGCAUACUGCAUCUUCGUCAAAUUUGUCAACAUUUCACAUGUUGAUGCAAGCAAUGCCGCUACAAUCGCUGCCUCAUUCAUCUGUCGAAACGUAUUCUUCCGCAUCAGCUCGGAUUUUAGAUGUUCUUUCUAUUGCUUCAACGCGCGAUGAAUGGACUUACACCGUGCGGACGGUUUGCAUCUCAAUGUUACAAAUCGCUGGAUUACUUGUCGCUGUCAAUUCUAUUCCAGCACUGACUGCCCUGUUCAGUUUGUUGACCUGUUUGACGUGUACGAUACCAUCUUUCUCUCCUGUCUUGGUCUCGAUUCGAAAAGAUGAAAGUGAUGAAGACUCCCCUGCAGAGAUAGUUUCUAUCUUCUGCACCAUCGUUCAAAACUUCUUCACGCUUUUCAAGGAUACCAAGGCCGAGAUCGACCCUGAUGUAGCUUCCCUUGCUAGAGAAAACAUGGACUUGUUCGAGUCUUUGUGUUGGCAGCUCCCCUCUGAUUUAGAGAGUUGUCUCACCCUAAUCGUUCGUAGCCCUCAGGUUUUUACCAUCCUUUUGGAUGCAUCGCAGCCGCCUUGGCUACUCGAGCGUAGUGCUCGUCUUCUUGUUUGGCUAUCAGCUCGGAAAAGUCUUUUCAGAGUCUUAUUAUCAUUUCCUGAGCCAGAGAUACCGAACGGAAAUAUGGCAGACUUCACUAAGCUGCCGCAUAUAGAAGCACUCUGCUCACUCUUAGUCGAUACAAGUCGGGGAGGACCGGAAAUAACAUCGAUGAAAGAGUCAAUACUGACGUUCUUUUCCAUGUUAUCACAAUCCCAUCUUGACGCUCUAACUAUAUUAGUGGAAUCGAGGACUUUGGUGCCUUCGCUGGUGGCUUACUUGACGCAUUCAUCGACUCCUCUAUGGGAAGACGACGACCUGUUGAGGAGUUCACCAUCUCUAGCAUCUAGCACAUUACGGACGAUCAAUCAGACGCUCUUCCUCCUAUAUAUGCUUAUCUUCGGCCCCGAGGCAGCGUUCAAUUUGCGACACAAAUUACAGGUUACUCCGAGUCGUCAAUUCAACGGUAUCACCCACAUGUUUAUUGUGACGCUGGGAAGACUUAGUUACACAGACCCUCCGGAAUGGAUUGCGGCUAAAGACAAGGUAGAACUUGAACAUAUAGCGGAGAUGGCAAGGGAGCUGUUGGAUCUAGUUGUAGAAGGGCCUGAGGGUGAUAGCGUAUGGGCUACGUACCAGGAAGGGCCUGAGCAAGAAAGUGAAGCAGACGAUGACGAAGUUGAAGCACGACGUCUGGAUGCGAAUGAGAUUUAACUUCUGCGGACUAAGAGCUGGCAAAAGAGUGUAGAUAAACGAUGACUACCAGAGAUCAACUGAGUAGCGUUCGGUGUUACAAGAGUGGGAAUUAUCGCGGUACACUCCAAAUCAUCUGUCACUGGUCCCCCUACAGAAGGUCGAGUGCCCAAGGCUCGAUGUUCUACAUAUUACACAAUAAUGAUUAGAUGUAGAGGCUGUUUGACG